GCGCGCCUCACUUCCGGAGCCGGGUGAAAGGCCGCGCAGGGGCAGGCCGCUGCCCCCUCCUGUCUCCCUCCUCCCUGCUCCCCACCCCGCUUCCGGGGCUGCCUGGUGUCCGCGGCAUGGAGUGGGAGUGACGGAGUUGCCGCCUUUCCCCCCCCUCCCCGCCCCGCAGAAAAGCCGCCACCGUCCCCCCUGCCCGCCCGUUGAGGGGGGAGGUCGCCGUGUCCUGGGUUUCCUGUUCUGCCGAGCUUGCUGAGUAGUUAAUGCAGAAGAUAAAGAGGGUUCGUCUGGAAAACGAGACUGCAGGAAGUUGGAGAAGUUUUUUGUCUAGUUCUGAGGAAGAAACAAUGACUGCAGUGGACACGCUAUCAGACAGCUCUGAAGUGGUCGAGAUGGAGGAUGUGCCUUCCGAAUUCCAGGUGCAAAAGCAUUCUUGGGAUGGGCUGCGUGACAUUAUUCACAGCAGCAGGAAGUAUUCGGGCAUGAUAGUGAACAAAGCUCCCCAUGAUUUCCAGUUUGUCCGGAAAACCGAAGAGUCCAGCCCUCACUCUCAUCGUCUUUAUUACCUGGGAAUGCCAUAUGGUAGCAGGGAAAAUUCACUUCUUUACUCAGAGAUUCCCAAAAAGGUACGGAAGGAGGCCUUAUUACUCUUGUCAUGGAAACAGAUGCUGGAUCACUUUCAGGCAACCCCUCAUCAUGGGAUGUAUUCUAGAGAAGAAGAACUCUUAAGAGAGCGCAAGAGACUUGGUGUCUUUGGUAUAACAUCUUAUGAUUUCCACAGUGAAAGUGGCCUGUUCCUCUUCCAGGCCAGCAACAGCCUCUUUCAUUGCCGAGAUGGAGGCAAGAAUGGUUUCAUGGUGUCUCCAAUGAAGCCUCUGGAGAUCAAGACUCAGUGUACAGGCCCACGAAUGGAUCCCAAGAUUUGCCCUGCAGACCCCGCCUUCUUUUCAUUCAUUAAUAACAAUGAUUUGUGGGUAGCAAAUAUAGAGACAGGAGAAGAGAAGCGAAUGACAUAUUGCCAUAAAGGCUUAUCCAAUGUUCUCGAUGACCCUAAGUCUGCUGGUGUAGCCACUUUUGUCAUUCAGGAGGAAUUUGAUAGGUUCACAGGCUAUUGGUGGUGUCCUACGUCUUCCACAGAAGGUUCAGAGAAUUUAAAAACACUGCGAAUCUUGUAUGAGGAAGUGGAUGAGUCAGAAGUGGAGAUAAUUCACGUUCCUUCACCUGCUCUGGAGGAGAGAAAAACAGAUUCCUAUCGGUACCCCAGGACAGGCAGCAAAAACCCCAAGAUUACAUUAAAACUGGCAGAAUUGAAAACAGACAGCAAGGGUAAGAUCGUCUGUGCUCAAGAGAAGGAGCUGGUGCAACCAUUUGCUGCAUUAUUCCCGACUGUGGAGUACAUUGCCCGUGCUGGAUGGACUCGAGAUGGCAAAUAUGCUUGGGCUAUGUUUCUAGACAGACCUCAACAGCGGCUGCAGCUUAUCCUUUUGCCUCCAGCGCUCUUUAUUCCAGUCCCAGAAAGUGAGGAGCAGCGUGCUGAAUUUGCCAAAACUGUGCCAGAAAAUGUUCAACCGUUUGUUAUCUAUGAAGAAAUCACUGAUGUGUGGAUAAAUGUUCAUGAUAUCUUCUAUCCUUUCAUACAACCAGAAGGAGAGGAGGAAGAACUGUGCUUUAUCCGAGCCAAUGAAUGCAAAACAGGUUUCUGUCACCUGUACAGAGUCACAGUGGUCCUAAAGCAAGGCAGCUAUGACUGGGUACAGCCAUACGUCCACAGCGAGGAUGAUUUCAAAUGUCCUAUCAAAGAGGAGGUUGCCCUGACUGGUGGAGAAUGGGAGGUGCUAGCAAGGCAUGGAUCAAAGAUCUGGGUCAAUGAGGCAACGAAGCUGGUGUAUUUCCAAGGCACAAAGGACACCCCAUUGGAGCACCAUCUCUAUGUAGUCAGCUAUGAGUCUCCUGGAGAAAUUGUGCGACUUACAAUACCAGGCUUCUCCCACAGCUGUUCUAUGAGCCAGAAUUUUGACAUGUUCAUCAGCCACUACAGCAGUGUGAGCACUCCACCUUGCGUGCAUGUCUACAAGCUCAGUGGCUCCGAUGAUGAUCCGCUACAUAAGCAACCCAAGUUUUGGGCUAGCAUGAUGGAGGCAGCCAGUUGUCCCCCAGAUUACAUCCCACCUGAGAUCUUUCACUUCCGUACUCAGUCAGAUGUUGAACUCUACGGAAUGAUCUACAAACCUCACGAUGUCCAGCCUGGGAAGAAGCAUCCCACAGUGCUCUUUGUGUAUGGAGGCCCUCAGGUGCAGCUGGUGAAUAAUUCCUUUAAAGGAAUCAAAUACUUACGGCUAAACACACUAGCAUCCCUAGGUUAUGCUGUGGUAGUGAUUGAUGGAAGGGGUUCAUGCCAGCGAGGACUCAGAUUUGAAGGAGCCCUGAAAAACCAAAUGGGUCAGGUGGAAAUAGAGGACCAAGUGGAAGGUUUACAUUAUGUAGCAGAAAAAUACGGGUUUAUUGACUUGAGUCGAGUAGCCAUACAUGGCUGGUCAUAUGGGGGUUUUCUCUCCCUCAUGGGUCUCAUCUGUAAACCCAAUGUCUUUAAGAUUGCUAUAGCAGGUGCUCCUGUCACAGUUUGGAUGGCAUAUGACACCGGGUAUACUGAGCGGUACAUGGAUAUCCCAGAAAACAACCAGCAAGGUUAUGAGGCUGGCUCUGUGGCAUUACAUGUAGAAAAGCUUCCCAAUGAGCCAAAUCGUUUGCUGAUCCUCCAUGGCUUUUUGGAUGAAAAUGUGCACUUUUUUCACACAAACUUCCUGGUAUCACAGUUAAUCCGGGCUGGAAAACCUUACCAGCUUCAGAUCUACCCCAACGAGAGACACAGUAUUCGGUGCCCUGAGUCAGGAGAGCACUAUGAAAUCACACUGCUGCACUUUCUACAAGAAUACCUCUGAGAGCACAUGCCUCUGCAAACUGGAUGCUGACAGCUCACUUCACCCCUCCUGUGCCCAGCCACUACCGCCUCCCUUGACAGCCAUCUAACCCAGAGCACAAAUGGCUGAGUGCCCAUGUCAGGGUGUCUUGCCCUGAAUAAGGGAGGAGAAUGGAAGGUACUUUCCCUUUGGACAGUGCCACCUUCUUUCACUUUCCAAGCUGGAGGUCUGCCUCUGCUCAGCUGCUCAUCCUCUUUCUCUCUUCCAGCCCAGCUGUUAACGUGUUUUUUGGUUUUUUUUUUGCUGCUACUCCCUCUAUCCUAGGGAUUGAUGGACAGUGGUCUGUCUCCUAAGACUGAGGUUUGCAUCCAUCUCUCUCUGUCCCCCAUCCUUUUCCCUUCCACUGCACAUCUGCAGUUCAUGUAUUCUUACCUGUAAGAACUUGGUGCCUGUGUUGGAAAUAGAAGAGCUGAAUAAGCAAGCUGCCUUAAGCCAGGAAUGGGAGGGAAGAGAGAAGAACAUAUUGUUAAAGCCCCAGGGCAGCUGAUUGCUGGUGCUGUGUCCUAGCCCUGCUGCAGCAGCGUGGAGCCCUGGGAUGUGAAGAGCUCUACAGAAGCAUGCAACACUAGUCAUUUCUAUUUCUCAGUUUUAUUUUGCAGAGCAGAUGGAGGAAGUGGCUGGGGUUGGUAACGAUGCCCUCUCAUGCCUUUCUCUAAUGGCCGCUCACAACCAGAGUUGUGCCAAAAGGUAGCACGGCAGCUGAAGCAGCUGGCUACAACCAGAGAUCAUCUCUCUGGAGAUAACAGCUUUUUUUUUUUUUUUUUUUGCAACACAAGAUGGAUAAUAUUUAUGCAGAUCCUUCCUCCCUCCAUUCUUUAUGCUGCCUCCUGAUCCCACCUUCUCCUUCCCUGAAACCUUGAGCUUUCAGAUGUGCACUGAAAUUGGCUGUGCUUCAGUUCUCUGCAGGUCAGUGACUGUUCCCCUUACCCAUCUACUCAGCGUAUGCUUUCUUUUGGUUUUUAUUUUCCUGGUCAACAGGAACUGCAGUUCUGGGGAGGGGGGAUUGAUUAAUUGCACCUCAGGGGAGCACAUACCCCCCCCCCCUCACGCCAAGGGUUCUGCCAGGGAUGAAAAGAGAAGAAAAAAACAACACCCAAAUGAACCACAUUGACUUGCCCUGGAGUAUUUUAAGUGCGUAUUAUGAAAAGAAAA